AUGCCGUUGGUAUCUAAGGCCUUGCUUGUACUGGCCAUUUUCCAACUUUUGCACUCUGGUUUCUCUUCGCAUGAGUUUCUCACCAUCAAGAAGCGCCUAGUCACUCAAAGUAACCUCGACGUUGCGCACUUGCAGCUGCCGAAAGAUGUCCAGUUAGAAGCCAUGUCGGGGGUAAUUCUACUUAUUCUAUCGGUUUUCAUGUCUUUCAGCAAGCUCUGCUAUUUGUCAUUGGGUGGGAAGCUUAAGGUUCUGAGGGUGAACGAAUAUUUGAAGGAGAUAAAUAUGAACAAAGCCACAAGUGACAAGAACCUUGCAGGGUGCAACCCAUACGGCGAGAUGUGCUACACGCCCAACCUGGUUGACGUACAUGCCAAGAGAGAACAGGUUGCGCAAUGGAACAAGAUUCGCGAUCCGGAGCUCUUUGCCAAAAAAGACUAA